GAAUUCCAAAAAAAGUAGCUGGGAAAUUGCCCAAUUGGGUACUUGGGGAGGAGGUUAAGAAGAUUGAUGUUACAUAUAUAUACCCUCUCUCCUUCAUUACUCGCUCUCAAUUUAUCGUUACUACUCCAGAAAAAUAUCUAGAACCUAAGGAUAAAGGAUCAACAAAGCGAAACGCUAAUGAAGAAUCAAUUAGCCGCAAUGAAUUUUCAGAAGUUUUAGGACUUUUAGAACAUAUUGUUCAUAAAAUGAAUUGUAUGAAUCAAAGAGUUCAACUUCUCGAGGCAAGAAGCAGUAACAACACUGAAAAUACUUCAAACAACACUGAAAAUACUUCGAACUACACUGAAAAUACUUCGAACUACACUGAAAAUACUUCGAACGAACCAUACAUUCUUCACUCUGAUGGAUACGGAUACAUCGUCAGCAAGAUAUCAGAGCUCACUAAUAGAGUUCAAACAAUUGAGGAGAGUUCGGUAUUCCAGAACGACCCUAAAAAUUAA